AAGAUCAGAAACUCCUCUAGUUGUUUGGAAACAUUCAUUCCUCUAGCCUGGGGGGGGGGAGAGGAUUCCAUCUAGUGGGGGCGGAUCAGGAAAGAGAAGCGAUUGUUCAGCUCCAGCAGAGCUAGCUAAGUAAGAAGCCAGCAAGCCCCUCUUCAGAGAUGGAGUGGAAGUUAGAAAGAUUCGCAGCCCGGAAGGUCAAGACGGAUGAAAGUGUGUUGUGGGAGAAAAUAAUGAGAACUCUGGGGACAAACCUCCAACAGACCAGAAACCUAAGUUUGCAGAUUCUGGCUAAGGACAUGACUGACACCAAGCAGCACAGGAGACAAACAUCACAGGUGGAUGAUCAAUAUUUCCCAAUAACUGAGACUCCAGGCAAGACUUCCUAUUCACAUUUUAAAAGUUGCCUUGUGAAGAAACUGGCAUCUUCUCCAGUUGCUAGUAGCCCAAUUUCCACAAGGUGGCAGCAGUCAUGCAGCAGAAACCAAGUGGAGCAAAGUUUUGCAGAGAGUCCCACUACCUCAGAUGAUGGGCCUGAUCUGAUGAAAAUCAUGACAGUUCCAAGUCAGUGUACAGAGAAGGGUGAUUCCCUCAAAGUAAAGGGGUUAUUCUAGUCAUUACUCCAUAACUCCAGAUUAAUAAAUGCAAAAAAACUUGAAAAUGAUAUACAGGUGGUAUUUUAAUAAAUACCUAAUAACCUAGCCAAGAUGUAGAAGACUAUAUCAAGUAAAUGCUGGAAAGGCAAA